AUGGUGGCCAAGCGCAUCCUAAUAACUUGUACGUUUUUUUUUCUUUCCAAUAACAGACUCUGUUGCGAGAUGUUUUUUGACGAGAGACUACGUGGACCUCAACCUAUAGAUUCCUCUGCUCAUCAAGAUCUCAUCGCCGCAGAAGACCUUUACAGCCCGGCUUUUCCGAUCGACGACUUGUGGAAGAAAUUCACACUUCCAACGCCACCCUAUUCUCCAGAGAACUACUUACCCCAGACUAAGCGCAACUUUGUUAUUCCACCAAGAAGGAAUGGCCUUCAAGUCGUUCCCGAACCGGAAGAUCUGUCGUCGGACCUACCCUUGGUUUUGUCCGACGCAGAGAUGGAACGCCUGACCUGUAGCACAAUAGAUGACGAAUAUAUUUGGCCGGCUGGUGAGAACGACUUCGAUAGAGUUGAAUCGCAGAGGUUUCAGGGGAAUCGAGUAGUUCAUUCGGCGGCAUGCGUCAACGAACCAAGCGCUGAAAUGGCGACUGAACAUCAAAUGAUGCGAGAUUUGUCUCCAUUUGUCACUGCGAUUCCAAGUCAAGAUUCCGCGCUUGGUCUACCGCAGGUUGAGAGAUGGCACUCGCAGUUCUCUGGUAAAUAUCACGCUUAUUUCGCGUAGAUACCAAGAAUUAACUUUGCGAUGUGUGAGUUAAAGUAUGUCUUGUAGCCCUUUGCGAUCGAGACGUGUAAUUUCACUUUCGAAAUGUAUAGCAAGUUGCACCUCGCGAAAGACCUUUCAUUGACUUUACAGCGCUUUAAACUUAGUUUCGUUUAGUUUCACAAUCGGGAAUAAUGAGAUCAUUUACUUUGCUUUUGUCGCUUGUGAAUGAAGAAAAAGGGGAGCGUGCGACGCAUUUUCUCUGUUCUUUAAGCCAUUUUCCGGCCCUCAAGUCUGGUAACUAGAAACAGAGUUGGCUGUACAUCUUAAAAAUCUGAGCAAGUGAUGAAUGUUGAUCACAGGACUUCGCUAUUAAUUGAGUGUUUAAAAUGCACGCUUUGUGGUUUUAAAGACGAAAGUUUUAUAACUACUUGGUUUUGUUUAUAAGUUGUUUUUAGAUUUUUAGUUCACACUUUGGCGCGUUUUUCAGUAAACUUUGAUUCAAUUGUCAAAAUUACUUUCGCGAUCCUGGGACGCUUUCAAGUGAUUUGACGUUCGAAAAAUAACUUUACAAAGGCUUGAAUCAAAAUUAGUGUCUUUGAACAUCUGAUAUUUUCUUUUUGUCAAACAGAAUACACAAUCUGCCUUAUGACAAGCCGGCUUAUGACUGGCCCUGUGCUAAUUAAAUCUUUUUUAUUUCGAAAACAGAAACGCUCUGAACAAUGGUUUCAAGCAGUUGAAAAGACUCGUUUUGAUUCAAGAUAAAAUAAAAGUUUGCAAUUCCACUAUUAAUUAGUCGGAGAGUAUCAAAACUCUUAUUUGCAAACCCUAGGAGUAAAUUAACGUUUACAACCUAGCUUGGAGAGGUAGCAAUAGAACUCAGUUGAAAUUCGAUUUAAUUUGUAAACUCUACUUUAUUGUGCCGUGUAAUUUGACUAAUUCUGCGUAAUUUUCUUUUCGUUGCAGUGGAAAAUCCGGCAUUGAGACUAAAUCAACCCCCAAGCGAGGAAUUUGUAACUCAUCGGCUUGACUGCACGGUAUCGAAGAAACCGCGCAAAUCUCGAAGAUCAAGUCGCCAAGAUUCACCGCCAAUGGAGGGCGAUGACUCUGAAGACAACGAAACAAGCAGAGCAACUCAUAAUGUCUUAGAACGACAGAGAAGGGAGGAUUUAAAAUGUCGUUUUCAAUUUCUUAGGGACAGCAUACCAGAGCUCGAAGAUAAUGAUAGAGCAUCUAAAGUUUUAAUCUUAAAAAAAGCGCGGGAAUACGUACAUCAGUUAUUCUUAGAAGAGGAACGUUUACUUGCUGAUAAAGAGUUAGAGCGGCAGAGGAGACUGAUUCUCCUUGACCGCCUUAGUUGUUUACGGCAAGGUUAUGGUGUAAUGUAGAGGAUUUCAAAGUUAACUUCUGUUAACUGUAAACUUUAGGCUACAGUUUUUUUUUAAGAAGAAUUAUUCUACAAGUCGAGGAAAAAAAUCGCAUUUUGUUCAUUCAUGAAAUAGGAUUUUUGUAUGCUACAGUUUAAUGUUGCCAUUUGCCGUGCAACGGAUGUCAAAAGUUAAUACUCAGAUUAAUUCGCGUUUUAUAACUACAGAAUUAACUUGAUUGAUAUAAAUAUAUUAUGUAGCCAUUCACAGCCGAGGUAUUAAAUUAUUAAGCAGGAGUAGAAUUCUGGGGUUAAAAUAUCUCUAGUCUUUGAUACUCUUGCAGAGGCAAAUCCAAACUCGAACAUUAGAACAUUUCAAUCGAUAAAACGGUUUCAAACUUCACCUCUAAGUCAAUUUUUAAAUUAAAUUGUGUAACUUUGUUUUCCAUUUUUGCUAGUCGACGUAUUACUCAAAGUAAUUUUUCACAUAAAAAUUUCCAGUAAAUUUAAGAGACUCUGAUUUUACAGCAAAGUCAUCUUAGAAACUGAACUUGAUAUCUCAGGAUAUUUUGUUUUCAAGUAAAAUCUGCAACGAGUAUAAACUGAAAAAAAAUUACAAACAGAACACAAACAGUCGUUCGUUUUUCAAGCAACAUAUCCUAACAUGGAAAAUUCAGGAACGGCGCGGAUCAUAAACAUAAGUUUCUCCGUCAAUAUCUGAAGUUUAGCCAUGUUAAAACUUCUGUGAGAAAGCUUUCGUUUUUGCUCGCAAUCAAAUGCCACGUAAAUUCAGUUUUGAGAAGUUCUAAAAGAGUUUCUCCAUAUUUGUACAAAGGAAUUACGACAAACUAUUGCUGUGAACAGCGAAAAAUGUAUGAAGAUAUUUUUUGUCGAAGUCAGUGGUGGUUAGUUUCAUGUCUCACGGAGGUUUCAGAUUAUUCAGCUUAACUAGCAUGUAAUCUGUACAUGAAACAAUUUUUGUAAUGAAAACGUUUAUGCCUUGAAAAAUAAAUAGGCUUGGAAAUGUG